AUGACUCAACCAACGAGAUUAGAUGGUGAAUUAAAUGGUUCUGCUUACGACGGUGAUUUAUGUAAUGUUGCACUUGGCGAAGAGGUCCCGUGUCUUGAUGCGGUUUCGCCCAACCUUUCAGAAGAAGUUAACACUCUUAAAUCGUGUAUUUUGAACAAACUUAGACGACACUGCGCAAAGUCUCUAAUGGGUGCCUGGACAAAUACACAAAAUAUUGACAUCGAGGAAGUUGGAGGAGGCCUUAGUAAUUAUUUGUACGUUGCCAGCCUGAAGCCUGGCACUCCAGUAGACAGCAACUCAACUCCCCGAAAAGUAUUUGUCCGCGUCUACGGUGAACUUCUUCGGAGCAACAUCAACUCUGUUGUUCUUGAUGCCGUUAUAUUCGCUCUCCUUUCAGAAAAGCGUCUUGGCCCAAAGCUCUACGGCGUGUUUCCUGGUGGACGUAUUGAGGAAUUUGUUGAGGUGUCGACACAGUUGCCUGUUUUUCAACUAUUUUCGUUCCGUUGGGACCUUUCCAUUAUUUCUACAUUUGUUUUAGAGGAGAAAAUUCAAAGUUCGUAA